CGUACGGCACUUACCCUCAACAUUCGAAGACACUUCCUGUGGACGGAUUCAGCUACAGUGCUCGCAUGGCUCCGCUCAGACAGUCAUCGAUAUCACCAAUUCGUUUCUUUCCGGGUUGGAGAAAUUCUUUCGCUCACCAGCGUGGACGAAUGGCGCUAUGUGCCAUCGAAGCUCAAUGUUGCGGACGACGCCACAAAGUGGGACUCGGGACCCUCAUUUGACCCAGAAAACCGUUGGUACCAGGGACCACCGUUUCUACGAAACCCAAAAGAGCAGUGGCCUGGGCAGUCAGUAGUGGAGGAUGAAGCGGAUGUAGCAUGCGAAGAACUACGUUUAGUAGGCGUACAUCAAGCAGCCGAGGAAGUAAUUCGCGUCGAGCGCUUUUCCAAUUGGGAUCGUUUGCUUAGAACUUAUGGCUUAUGUUCACCGGGCAGUCAGGAUCUGGAAGCGAACUCUAGGGAGAAAAAGUCGACGGCAUGUCCUGGAUCAGGAAGAUAUCGUGAAGGCGAUGGAAACACUUUGGCGCCAAGCACAGAGUCAGGCUUAUGUGGAGGAGGUUCACGCGCUAAACCAUGGUCGCAGCGUGGGCAGAAGUAGCCCACUGUACCCCCUAGUUCCGUUUAUUGACGAACACGGAGUCGUACGCGUCGGAAGUCGGAUUGGAAGCGCACCGCACAUUCCCUACGCAACAAAGUAUCCCGUAGUGCUGCCGAGAGAUUAUCGCAUUACCUUCCUACUAGUACAGUCGGUUCAUCGCCGGUUCUUGCAUGCUAACGGAGAAACUGUUUGUAACGUGCUGCAGCAAGAGUUUUACAUCCCGAAGCUUCAGGUGUUCGUGAAAAAAGUAAGUCGAAGUUGUCAGUACUGCAAGGUGAAGAAAUCAGCUCCCAGGCCACCAUUGAUGGGACCUCUGCCGAGAGUACGCCUAACCCCAUUCAUUCGGCCAUUCACGUUCGUCGGUGUAGACUACAUGGGACCCCUCGAAGUAAGAGUUGGACGCUGCGUCGCAAAAGGGUGGAUUUGUUUGUUUACAUGCCUCACGGUGCGAGCUGUCCAUCUGGAGCUGGUCCACAGUCUUUCGUCUGCAUCUUGCGUGAUGGCAUUCAGAAGAUUUGUAGCCAGGCGGGGAGCUCCACAGGAGGUAUUUUCGGACAACGGAACAAAUUUUGUGGGAGCCAAUCGCCAGUUGACAGAGGAGAAGCAGAAAAUUCGGGACAUUGUUCAAGACUGUCCGCCACAUUUACCAAUGCAAAUACUCAGUGGCAUUUCAACGUCCCUGCGGCUCCGCAUAUGGGAGGACCAUGGGAACGCAUGGUGAAGUCGGUGAAGGUAGCGAUGAAAGCUGUGUCGGAUAGCACACGUCACCCUAGCGACGAGGUGUUGGAGACCAUUAUGCUGGAGGCCGAAGCAAUUGUCAACUCACGACCGCUGACUUAUGUUUUUUUGGAGGCAGAAGACGACGAAUCGCUCACACCAAACCACUUCCUUCUAUACGGACGGACUGGGUUUAAGCAACCGAUAACGGAACCUGUUCAGGGAAACAUUUUGCGAGACAGCUGGAAACUAGCGCAGCAUAUCAUCGACGAUUUCUGGCGCAGAUGGGUGCGGGAAUAUCUCCCGAUUCUGACGAGGCGAUUCGAACCAGUGAAACCGUUGAAACCAGGUGAUCUAGUCGUGAUCAUCGACGAACAGGCGAGAAACCGAUGGGAACGAGGGCGUGUACUGGAGACGUUUCCAGACAAAUCCGGGCAAGUUAGACGUGCCACAGUGCAGACAACUAGAGGAGUGCUUGCUCGACCCGCGGUAAAGCUGGCGGUACUGGACGUCAACGGCAAAGAGGAUACGGGUGUAGUGACUCCGGAAACGGAAGUGGUUCACGGUUCGGGAAAUGUCGCCGAAACCCCCCGUUGCGGCGAAAAGGGGGUGAACAACAAACCGUUUCAUAUCGAGCGAAAAGGGCCGAGCGAACAAAAUGACAAUUAAUAUGUAAACAUCCGUAAACGUCAUCGUUUAUUCAGUUUCGAUAGUAAGUGAAACCACAUCUCAGUCGCAAAUUAAACAAAUUAAUUUUAUUGUUACAAACAGUCGUUCCACAGUCCGGAACAUUAUUAAAUUUAGUUGUGCCCACCACGUAGUAAGUGGUAUAGAUAUAAAGCAGGUUAUAAGGCGAAGGAAAUACUUACCGCUAAUCGUUGUUCAUCGCUGGUGGACCUGAAAAGAGAAGAAACAGAAGGUUUUCCUGAAAGCUAGGAGGGAUUAGUAGAAGGAUUAGAGAAACACUGAAUAACUUUGUAGCUGCUAAGUAAGCAAUUAAAAGGACGGUGUUUGUUUCGACGUCGGGAACACCAGACUCAAACAUAUUUCGCGGCUUCUUCGAAACAUAUUUCGCGGCUUCUUCGAAAUAUAAGUGUAUCAUGGACGAUGAGACAUAUUUUACGGUAGAGGGCAAUGAAUGGCUACCAAAAUUCUACUACGAGUCCCCCGAUAAAGAGGCAGCAUCAGAGGUCAAGUUUAUCCACAAGUCAAAGUUUCCGAAUAAGGUUAUGUUAUGGAUGGCCAUCAGUGAGCGUGGAAUAAGCGAACCUGUGUUUUUUUAAGAAGGGCCUGGCGGUUAAUGCGCAAGUCUAUGUGACGAAGUGUAUGCCCGUAAAACAAAAAUGAAAAACUAAUCUUUUGGCCAGAUCUUGCAUCGUCACAAUAUGCUUAUGCAACUUUAGCGGAUUUGCGCCAACGCAAUAUCGAGUUUAUCCCGAAAGAAUGCAAUCCUCCAAAUGUGCCACAGUUGCGGCCUAACCUUCUAGGCAAAUUUGAAGCAAAUGGUCUACCACACAGGUUACAGAGUAAAGAACGUCGAUUGUCUGAUCAACAAAACCAAGAAGGAGCUUAAAUCAAUUGAAACAUCCGGAAUUCAGGAAGCUAUGAGCAAAGAUGACUAGAACAAGAUACCUGACUUUUGCAGAAUUCUUCGGACAUGAUUGUCGCUACGCAUGAGCAAAAGUCGAACUAAUUUAUACACUGUUAAUAUGAUGUACACUUAACGUCGAAAUCAAAUAACUACAAGGCCAAGACAUGACUGCUGAAAGGUGCAACAAUUUCUUCAGUAUCCAUGAGGACGACUGUACGGUGCUGCCAUCCGAAAAAUGAUAAUAAUGUGGACGAACAUGAAACUUUCCGGAAGAAUCAAGAAUUAUCAGCGCAACAUUUGAAAUUAAGCGUACCGUCAGAAAAUCCUAAUAACCGCGUUAGCACGCUCUACAGCCUAGUUUUCCACUCUUGCCGAGUUCAAUAAAGCAAAAAUCGGCUGCCCCGGCGAACCUGACCAUUUGCACAAUGGUCCUAAAACCUGGCUUGCGUCAUAUCAAACUUUAAGUUUAGGUAGAAUGGGACCUGAAAAUAAAUAUAACCCCUCAAUAGAAACCCCCACUCUGACAGUCAAUUUCACACUUUUCUUUCGUACUUUGAAGUGCAAAAAAUGACAAUAUCAUUUUUUUUUUUUCAUUUUGUUUGGCGCAGACUAAGGGGUCCAUAUCAGCCAUACAAUAUCAUUAAUAUUCAUGUUAUCUUAAGCGUCGAACUGACCAAACUGCUACACCUUUUCCAUAUACAAUCUUGAACAGCUCAACGAUCGAUGACGGACUAUACACGAUAAAUCGGUUUUGCUCAUAGUGACAAUUUUAUGAGAAUUUAAGUCAUCAGAUGGCAGCACUAACCGUCGGAAAUCGGUCGUGUUCAAAA